AUCUUUCUCUCUUGGAUUGUUUUGUUGUUGUUCGUGGAAGCAAUACCAAACUUUAACCUCGGAAUUUAUGUUGUGAUGUUUAUAAAGAUUGUUUUUGGAAAUUUAUGGAACUCGAUUUUGAAAACAAUUGUCAUGAUGAUUGGGGAAAUCGAAUAUGAAUCAAUUUUUACCGCGGAACACACGAGCUCUGAAUAUUCCGACCAGGUAUACUACGAAGUAGUAUCUUACAUCGUAUUUGUUGCAUUCUUGAUAAUUAUGAGCAUCAUCGUGAUGAAUAUGUUGGUUGGUUUAGCUGUGGAUGACAUUAAAGAAGUUAUAAAAGAGGCAGAAAUGGAAUCAAGAGUCUUGUAUGUGGAUUUACUGUUGAAGACAGAAAAGAUGUUACCCUGGAAAAGUACAAGUACAAUGUAUAGUCCCAUACCUAAGAGAAAAUUAACCUGGUACGGGAAAGAUUCUAAAUGGAUUGAAGUCUCAGAUGAAGGUUCAUCAGAAUGGAUUGGAAUCACUGACGAUUUAGAAGAAAUAAGAGAUGCUCAAACAUCAAUCCGGGGAGGAAAAACAAAAGACGAAGCUGUUAAAAAUCAAGUGAACAAGCUGCGCUUACGAGUGUACGAUGUUAACAAACGCGCCCAAAGCAUUGAAUCCAUGAUGAAAAUGCACAUGGGAAAGAAUAAAUAUGAUUGGAAAGAUGAUAACGACGAUCUUGAUCUUUAAAUAUGUUUUUCUGUUUGGAACAUACUCG